UUAAUUCCUUGAGUUUUUUUUUUUUUUUUUUUAAAGUAUCGGACGAGCGUUCAUCAUGUGACCCGAAUCACACUAGGGUCACAUUUAUUUCCGAUACAAUCCCGGCUCUGUGCGUUCACAUUCUCGCGGGGUGAUCAUCAAAAAAAGUUUUCGAGCGUGUGACAUGCCAUACAAGUGCCAUCAUGUGUCGCAGAAAUGUAAGCCUGCGUGUCCGGGGUGGGAGGUGACUAGGUUCAAGUCUCUCCCCACCCCGCCGGGGACAAGCACAAAGAGGAGGUUUAUAUUUGUGUGGCUAAAAUCUUUUUUUUUUUUUUUGGCACCCCAGACAUACAUGGAUGGCACAGUUUCAUCCUUCUGCACGGUGACUUGAGUGGUUACGUCACUCUAAUCAUCAUCACACUGCAGCUUUGCCCCCCCCCCCCCAGCUUGUCCAUGUCAUUACAGUGCAGUGGUGCUGCCAUGUUUUGGAUUAACCUAUCAUCAGAAAAUGGCAACAGUGCGUCGCAGCGCAAUCCUCUUAGCGUGUCAGAACUCUGCAAGGAUGGACGAUAUAAAUCUUUGGGAAUGUGGGGAAGGGGGGGGGGGUUGAGGAGCAAACACUUGAUGGAGCGAGGCGUCUCUCAUAAAAUGGAGAGGGAACAUGAGCCGCCUAUCUAAUAAAUGUCUCCAUUAGCAUCGGUUAACCACUUCCGCCUGGCAACAAGCGGAAGCAUCAUAAAGGGUUUUUCUUUGGAUAUGGGAGUUUUUUUCCCCCCAGCUUUAGGGUGCGUUCCCAUGGCAACAUCGAUGUAAACAUUGUGUCACAUGACAGAUAGCAUAACUCCGAGUGGCUAUGAGCGGCAUUGAGCAUCACGGCAAUCUCAUAAGGAGUCAAGUGCUAUGAUCUUCCGCUUUUCAGGCAGGCUGUGAACUCAUCUUCGGUCAUCAUGUCUACAACAACACACAAACUACCCCCCCCCCCCAAAAAAAAAAUCCAUAAUGAGGCCUCCCUCCCCCUCCUACUUGCAUCAUCCCGCCUCAUUAUUAAGGGAGGGGCGUUGUCGCUCGCUAAGUAAGUAAGCCCCCCCCCUCCUCCCUCCUCUUCGUCCACUUCCUUUACACUGCGACCACCGCCCCAACCGUGGAAACACAGCCCCCCCCUCCCUCCCUUGCACACUUUGACCCGAACAUCAUGCUUGCUUGCACAGCAGCUGUGAACUUAUUUACUUACAUUGUGUGUUGUUGUUAAUAAAGAUAUGUAUAUAUAUUUUUUUAGCAAUUAUGUCACAGAGGUGCCACAAUAGUAACAGGAAGUGUAUUGUCUAAAUGAUUAUAUGACUAAAAUAAUUAUAAUUAAUUUUUUACACAUACACACUGUACCAUGGGCUGCACGGUGAUAGAGUGUUUAGCACGCAAACCUCACAGCUAGGAGACCCGAGUUCAAUCCCACCCUCGGCCAUCUCUCUGUGGAGUUUGUAUGUUUUCCCCUGUGCAUGCGUGAGUUUUUUCCGGCUAGUCCGGUUUCUUCCCACAUUCCAAAAACAUGCUAGGUUAAUUGGUGACUCCAAAUUGUCGGUAAGUAUGAAUGUGAGUGUGAAUGGUUGUUUGUCUAUAUGUGCCCUGUGAUUGUAUAUAACAGUAUAGUGUAUAAAAAUAUUGUAUAUAACAAUAUAAGUCACUAAAGUCAUCAUACAGCAACUUCACACUCAAAUAUACAAACAUGUACCAAUAUAAAUAUAAAAAAAAAACAACUCCUUAAAAGUUUUCCCAUACUGUAUUGCAUCUGAGCAACGCAUUCAUUGGGGUGCUGCAAUGACGUUAGCCCCUCUCUGGGCUCCUCAAGUAAAGACACACAUCAUCAAAAGUAUAAGAUGCAGAUGUAUUUACUACACUAAAACGGUCUGAAAGUUUCAUGAAUGUUAACGAAUGUUUCCUCCCCCAUUCCAAAAACAUGCUAGGUUAAUUAGCGACUCCAAAUUGUCCAUAGGUAUGAAUGUGAGUGUGAAUGGUUGUUUGUCUAUAUGUGCCCUGUGAUUGGCCGGCGACCAGUCCAGGGUGUACCCCGCCUCUCGCCCGAAGACAGCUGGGCUAGGCUCCCUCCCACAUUCCAAAAACAUGCUAGGUUAAUAAGCGACUCCAAAUUGUCCAUAGGUAUGAAUGUGAGUGUGAAUGGUUGUUUGUCUAUAUGUGCCCUGUGAUUGGCUGGCCCCGCGACCCUCGUGAGGAUAAGCGGUAGAAAAUGAAUCAUGCUAAGAAAAAAAAAAAAUCAAACUUACAGAUCCCACGUUUGGCCAAGCUCCGGGCUUUAUUUUAAGACGUGUAGCGAAGCCUGCCUUUUCACAAAACCGUCUUCCAUGCUGUGCUGUUUAUGCAAAAAAAACAAAAGAUGCGUGUUAGCGUAUUUAUUUUCCACACAUGUAAACACACACAUGUGACUUGCUUUGUUGCCCUGAAAGCAAAGUUCACUGCCUGCAAGGGUUGCCAGGCAACCAACAGGCCAGAUGCUGAGACUCCCCUCACCUUUUAUCGAUCGCCGUCCUCUCAUUCAUGCUGCGAGGAUGAAACAGACAGCUUUUUUGUCUAAAUAUAGCUCACCACACCCGCUCCUCCCUCCCAACCUGAUAACCCCGUUCCCUCAUCUUUCAUUACGGUGUUAUUUUAUUUUAGCGAUGCUAUAUUUAAACUGUGGAAAGAUGGAAUCUCUUAUCAGUGACGGAGAAAGGGGAAUAUAAUCUUAAAUGUGAUGAGGAGGUUAUGAAUGGAUAUCGAGUGGGAAGGUGUUAUCAAAACAUUUGCAUGCAUUUGAAAAGCAAAAAAGUGUGACCAGGAAAUGAACUUUUCCCGACUGAAGUAACGUCAGGUCACAAUUUGGCAAGCGAUUGUUUUCUCCAAAUGAAACGGAAAUCCGCCCGGCAACACUCAAGGUCAUCAAAAUGUGUGAUAAGCGGUCUUAUCUUGCGCCCGUGCGGAGGAGUGACGUUGGUAUUCGGCGUUAGCCGUUAAAUAAAUGAGUGACACCAGUUUACCAACUGGUAUGGUAAUUCAUAAUAAUGUAUUGUUUUUUUCUACUUCCUGUGUGAACCUGCUGCUGUGUUGAAUCCACAUCAUCUUGUUCUAAUCCACGGCUACCAGCUGCAUGUAACGUGAAGCCUUGUCACAAUGACAUUGUCCAUUGGCGUGUACUGUUACACGUCAUCCAUCUUGUAUAUCAUUCGAUAUCGAUAUAACGCAAUCCUUUUUUCCUUCCAGGCUUUCACCUUCUUGAUGUGUUUUCUUAAGUACUUCAUAUCGGUGUCACAUGACUACCGGUUUUCUGGCCUCCAUCCCCUACAUGUUUGUUUAUAUUGCAAGAUUUUUAAUUUUUCUGACUCGAGUUAGGUCCCAAUUGAAUCAGUAGCCAUGUUUACAUGAGGAGUUUUUCUCUUUCCGAAAGCGAUGGUAUACAUGGAAAGGAAUAGUCCAAUUGCGUGUCUACAUGUGGCGCUAUAAUCAACUAGAAUAGUCAAUGGGACAUGCGCAGUAAAACAUAAACACCAAGAUGACACAUAUUUUUCAAGCUUUUUUUAAAGGAAAAUCUGUCGUAUAUUUGGAGCAAUACACAUUUGUGUUUUUGCGUCUGUAUCAUAUUUCUGAGUUGUUCAACCCUUGUUUGAUGACCGUUAUCCUAAAAUUGUAUCUGAACUUUUUUGUUGUUUGCUAACUAGCUCAAACUUGUGUUUUUUGGUGUGAGUGACAGGAAGAAAAGCUCUGAAUCACUUUAAAAUCUCUAGAACCCGCUACACAGUCAUCUUAUAUAGUCCAGUGCCGAUUGCUCGCCUCGGAUUGGCACUUUUCUUCUGUUAUUGGGUAUUUUUUUUAAAGAAAUUGUACAAAUCUAAUUAUUAAAAAUGUGUAGAUUUUUUUUCAAAAUGUUAAAAAUGUAGUGCUGCUUUGUUUUAUUAUUAUAAGUUUUUUUUAUUCAGGAAAAUAUUUUAUAAUUAAGCUCGGCACAUGUUUUAUAUAGAUAUGUAUUUUCUUUUUUUAAUAAAACUGGACUUAUGAAUGGCGUAUAGAAGGGUUUAGAUUCUGUUCCACAGAUGGCGCUAAUGCACACAAAAACUACUUGCCAACCGCCAAUAAAAAAACAGAAGAAGAAAAACAUCACAAAGAAGAACGCAGUAUACGCAGUAACAAGAUACCUCAAUCGGAUUGGGGAAAGGAAUAUUCCGAUUAUAUAUUCAUUCGGAAUGGCACUUUUCUUUCGGAAUGAGAUGUAUACAAAGGUUACAUUCAUUUGAGUAAAUAACCUGAAUGGAAUUGGAAUAUUUGGGUCCAUGUAAACGUGGCAAUUGUCCAGCCCUUUUUUUGCCAGACUGCCCCUGUUGAUCCGCUAGUUUUUGUUGGUUUUUGAAGGCUGUACCAACGGAGGAUGGGGGGGGGGGUCUCCAAGAUGUGGGCAGACAGGCAGAACAGAAGCAGCCUAAUGCUCAGUGAGGCAAAGGUGCUAUCUAUUACACAUGCCCAAGGCAUCUCCGUCAACACUGCUGGCUGCCUCCAUCUUUGACACAUCACAUUGACAACCCCCCCCCCCACUAGACUUUAUAAGCUACAUCUUAUGUCAUAGCAAACCCUUUAGAUUCAUUUACCCUUCAUGGUUUUCAUCCCGGCGGCAACAUUGUGUUUGUGUGACAUUUAACCACGUGUACGAGUUUCCUGUUAAUGGAGCAUUAUGUAACCGGGCACUAUCAGGACUUACUGUAGCUUAACCCCGCAGCGUCUGUGGGAGUUGUGGAGGUCCUGGCAGGAAACGGCAUUAUUUCCUGUGGCAGGGUGGCAGAGUAGGGCACUGUGAUGAAGGAAAAGAUUUCAUGAAUGAGAGAAAAAAAAAAAAAGAAGUCAUUUUAAAGAGAUCUUGGCAAUAUGAGUCCUGAUAUCGAUAUCGGUCGUUUCACACAUGUGGUCAACUGAGGUCAAUAUGAAAUGUUUUGGAAUGGCGUGCAGAGAGCGCUAUCGGAUCCAUAUUUAGCAUGUGACUGGAUUGUAUUGGCGUGGAUGAUGUCACGCUUGUUUACAUGUAAUGUUAACUGCUUUUGAUUGAGUCCAAAGUAAAGCGACUUGUAGUUCUAGUUUGGGGCUAAACUACACAUUUCCAUGGCCAAUUGGGGAUGUUUUAAAAUAGCAUAAAUACAUAUAAUGCCACAGUACCUUUUGUAAAUUUUCUCACAUUGCACAAUAACUCAUAAUAAUAUGCAAUACAUUAUGGAAAUACUGCUGAAAACACUCAUACAUGACACCUGAUAGUAACUGUAAACUACAUUUAUGGGUUACAUGUGAUAUGGAUAGCUGCACAGUGGUCGAGUGGUUAGCGAAAUCCAGAUUUGAAAAUACACACCAGAAUACACACUGGAGAAAAACGUUUUACAGACCUCACAGCUAGGAGACCCGAGUUCAAUCCCACCCUCGGCCAUCUCUGUGUGGAGUUUGCAUGUUCUCCCCGUGUAUGCAUGGGUUUUGGGUGGCCAAAAACAUGCUAGGUUAAUUAGCGACUCCAAAUUGUCCAUAGGUAUGAAUGUGAGUGUGAAUGGUUGUUUGUCUAUAUGUGCCCUAUGAUUGUAUAUAACAGUAUAGUGUAUAAAAAUAUUGUAUAUAACAAUAUAACAGUCGCUAAAGUCAUCGUACAGCAACUUCACACUCAAAUAUACAAACAUGUACCAAUAUGAAUAUUAAAAAACAACUCCUUAAAAGGACUUCAAAUUGUCCAUAGGUAUGAAUGUGAGUGUGAAUGGUUGUUUGUCUAUAUGUGCCCUGUGAUUGUAUAUAACAGUAUAGUGUAUAAAAAUAUUGUAUAUAACAAUAUAACAGUCACUGAAUUCAUCAUACAGCAACUUCACACUCAAAUAUACAAACAUGUACCAAUAUGAGUAUAAAAGAAAACAACUCCUUAAAAGGUUUCCCAUACUGUAUUGGCUGGCCACCAGUCCAGGGUGUAUCCCGCCUCUUGCCAGAAGACAGCUGGGAUAGGCUCCAGCACUCUCCGCGACCCUUGAGAGGAUAAGUGGUAGAAAAUUAAUGAAUGAAUAUCCUCUUAAUAUUAUUAAUCAAUACAUUUCAAAUAUUAAAAUAUUAACCCGGGCGGCACGGCGGUCUAGUGGUUAGCGCGCAGACCUUACAGCUAGGAGACCAGGGUUCAAUUCCACCCUCGGCCAUCUCUGUGUGGAGUUUGCAUGUUCUCCCCGUGGGUUUUCUCCGGGUACUCCGGUUUCCUCCCACAUUCCAAAAACAUGCUAGGUUAAUUAGCGACUCCAAAUUGUCCAUAGGUAUGAAUGUGAGUGUGAAUGGUUGUUUGUCUAUAUGUGCCCUGUGAUUGGCUGGCGACCAGUCCAGGGUGUACCCCGCCUCUCUUGCCCGAAGACAGCUGGGAUAGGCUCCAGCACGCCUGCGACCCUUGUGAGGAAAAGCGGUAGAAAAUGAAUGAAUGAAUAAAGACUAUAUAGCAUCGAGACAUCGAGAAUCAGACAUAGUCACCCGUUUUGUCGGUCGACAAACCACGCCUAGCCCGUGCUGCUGGCUAACGGAAACUCUUGUUUCUUGUGUCAUUUCCGAGAUAAGCUCUUCCGAUUGCUCCUGAAACGGGGUUAUUAUCUAAAGAUAGCCUGAAGGUUUGGACUGCUGAGUGGAAAUGGUGCCACAUCGAAAUUAAACCAAUGUUGAGAUAUUAUAAAAAUAGUAGGAAAGAGGGUAGAAUGAUUGACGGCUAACCUAAAAUAAGCUAGUUUUAAGUCUUUAAAGUGGAACCCGAGUCGACAUUUUUUGCGUUUUUGACCCUAAGAUCUUUGUGAACGAGCCAAAGAGGAAGUCCAGCAGCGUCACACACAAGGGUUAUUAAAAUGUAUGAACAUCUUUAAACCCCCGCCUCAAGGGGGUAACGUCUCACUGCUAAUUGGUUGUAGCGCUUCUUCUCAGUCCCGCAAUCGCAACCAUCUGGGUGUCGUAGAGCCUCAAAAGGAGGAAUGUAAACAAUCCUAGACGGCUACUAGUUACUGGCACCCGGUAGUGGUGCCAUCUUCUUUGGAGAGGAAGUGGUGCUCUGCGGCGGUGGUGGGGGGGCUGCGGCACCCCCUCCUCCAGACAAUCAGGGACACGCUUUUGUGGAACGUUCUUCGAGUGGAGAGGUGAGAUAGUUCCGUGGUUCCUGCAUUGCGUUUGUGAUCAUUUAGCUGCAGAGGCGAGCUCAGUGGUGCACCGUGAUGUCGCAGUGAGCUCUGUAACCAUAGCGAUGCAAGGUGUACUUUCUCACGGUGGACACUUUUUCUUCCGGGAAGUUAUUUUCUUGAUGAUCCCCUCAUUAACAUAUGGUAAUGAAGGCAGCUGAAGCUAGGAGGUUACCCGCUGGGGUCACAGAUGGGUAUGGAGAUGCACCCGGCGCCUUCUGUUGACGGUCCCCCAUCGUCCCCUGGCACUGGCGUGGCCUCGUGGAGCACCGCUACAAGCAGCCGAAGGAAUCUAACUUCUUCAAGAUGUCACAUGUUAAGGUUCUCGACUGUAUGAUCAACAACAACUGGAGCCUGGUCUGUGAUCUCUACUGUGCCUGGAACAAUCAGGCCAAGCGGAAGGAUGGUCCCGACCAGAGCGACACGUCGGCCAUCGCUUCUCCCGGAGCCGAGGAGGAGCCCUUCUCAUGGCCUGGGCCCAAGACGCUGUGUCUGCAUCGGACUUCUCAAGGCUUUGGCUUUACGUUACGGCACUUCAUCGUCUACCCGCCUGAGUCUGCUGUGCACAACUCUCUCAAGGAUGAAGAGAACGGCAGCCGAGGGAGACAACGAAGCCGCCUGGAGCCGAUGGACACCAUUUUUGUGAAGCAAGUGAAAGAGGGAGGCCCCGCCCACGGAGCCGGACUCUGUACAGGGGACCGCAUCGUGAAGGUGAAUGGAGAGAGCAUCAUCGGGAAGACGUACUCGCAGGUCAUCGCCUUGAUCCAGAACAGUGAUACCUCGCUGGAACUUUGUGUGAUGCCAAAGGAUGAGGACAUUUUGCAGCUGUUUUCCAGGGAUAUCACUGCUCUGGCGUAUUCUCAGGAUGCAUAUCUCAAAGGAAAUGUGGCGUACAGCGGAAAUGCCCAGAACAUCCCCGAGCCGCCACCCAUAUGCUACCCUCGUAUAGAAAUUAAAGGAACGGGCAAAGCCGAGUCACCGCAUCCCUCCGCUGUCAACCACACCCCCAGAGAGUCAACGGAGAAGGGCCACCAAGUGGAGAUCCUUGUUUCUUCAUCAACUCCAGCACUGCAGACCUCCAAGGCAUCGCUCUGUGUCAGUAAUGACAAGUUGAGGACGGCGGCCGUUCACUCUGAACAAGUCGAUAAGGGUGUCAAUUUGGCUCGGGCGGGACCCAGCCACAGGACUGACGAGAACCAGUACAGUCGUUCAACAGAAACUGUUUCUCCGAUACCGAGACCGCUUAUAUCUUCGCUACCAGGAAGUGCACAGUGUCCUUCUUCCCGUCUCUCAGAGCCGAGACCUAGCCCGGUCUAUCCCGACAAUGUACGGGCUUCCCUUAGUGCUGCCUCACCGGACACUUUAUCCACUGCCAUCUCACCCAAAGCCAACCGCCAUUCCCCCUCUCCAACGCCCCCUUCUUCUUCUUCUCCUCAUCAGAACAUCGACUGGAGAAACUACACCACCUAUAAAGACUACAUCGACGCAAAGAGGCUGCACAACUAUGGCUGCCGCACCAUCCAGGAGCGCUUGGACAGUUUGCGUGCCGCCGCCAAUUCCAGCUCUGCGUAUACCCAGCAACGCACACCCCCUCAAUGUUCCAGUCAAAGAGGGUUCAUGGCCUCUCAAGUCAGGUGGAGGAGCGCGUCGACGGAUCGAGGAGUAAAUGGAAGCAAUCACGGUACUCCGUUACGAAGUGCCUCACAGGACAGGCUUGGAGCUGGUUCGGACCGGAGCAGAAACUGGCCUCGGAGUGCUUCCCAAGAUGCUUUACCUUUCUCAAGCCCUGCAGGGGUUACCAAAACUCGAGCAAGGUCUUAUGACCAUCUGGGCCAACAGACUACAGAACAUGGGAUCAGCUCUGGAGAGAGAACCGUUUUGGAGGAUAGACUUCUGCUUUGCCAGGGGGAGGAAGCAAGAGCCAGUCGGCAUGGAUCAGGCCAAAGAGCUUUACCUCAUCUCAAUCGGAGUCUAACUGGACCGGAUUCGGAUGGACAAGGAAAUGGAUUAUCAAAUGAUCGACCAUGUAGCAAAGGAAUAACGGAUACUUUACAACCGUUACGGACUGACGGCAACAUGACAAGACCCUCGCGUCUACCUGUUAAGAACUCCAUCACGGACCCCUCAACUGCCUCCAUGAAAACCACAGACUUGCUCAAAGACCAAAGAUUCACUGGAAACCACGUGGGGUACCCAUCGUCUCUGCACUUGGAGCUCAGGGGUCGGGCUGACAGUCUAAAACUGGAGAACAGGUCAGAGACCGGUUUAGUGGCCAGGUCCUCCUCUUGUUCAGGUCCGUCGUGUAAAACAUCCAUACAGCGACAAACCCACAGUGUUUCCGCUACCGCAAACGGAACUGUGACUCAAAAGCCAAAGGCUAGAGAAGCUUCCAGCAAUGGCGGUCUUACGGAAGGUGUCGAAGGACGUGACGCAACAGUUGUAGUCCUAAGGAAGGAUAAAAACUCAGGAUCUGCUCACAUUCGACCUCCGUCCUAUGCCUUUGCCGUGAAUGAUAAACAAGGGAGCCAUAAGUCGCUGCCGUUGUUGAAGGCUGGUUCUGUGGACGCGGUGACGUGUUGGACGGAGAGCUGCAGAGAUAUGCAUCUAAAAAGGCUGGGGGGCGCACAGCACAAGUAUGGCUCCAGCAACUUGGACGACUCCUUGGAUUCGAUCCCCUUCAUAGAUGAACCCUCCAGUCCCAGCAUGGACCUGGACAUGGUUAACAUCCCCGCUUCGGCUGUGAUUUCCACAACACCGAUCAUCACCACCAUACCACCAAGCCCCACGGCUACAUCACCCCUUAUGCGCCGCCAGAUGUCACAUGACCAUGAUUCUCUCCGUCUCACAAUCAUCGAGUCGGAUUCGGGUGGUAAAACCGAGCGGUCCUUGUCAUACGACGAAGGCUUGGAUAACUACCGUGAAGAGAGUGGAGGAAGGUCCUUGAUAGCCGGGCUGAAAGGACUCAGGAAGGCAAUGGACAGGUCUUCCGAAGAUUCCGGAUCCAGGAGAGAUUCAUCAUCUGAUGUCUUUUGCGACGCGACUAGGGAGGGUCUUCUGCAUUUCAAGCAGCUAAAUACAGACAAAGGAAAGCGCGUCGGAGGCGGAAUGCGCCCUUGGAAGCAGAUGUACGCCGUGCUGAGAGGACACUACCUCUGUCUGUACAAGGACAAAAAAGAUGGACAGGCGCAUGCUAACUGUCAAACCACGGACGAGCCGCUACCCAUCAGCAUCAAGGCGUGUUUGAUUGACAUCUCCUACAGUGAUACCAAGCGGAAAAAUGUGCUGAGGCUCACCACGUCGGACUGCGAGUACCUGUUCCAGGCCGAGGAUCGGGAGGAUAUGCUGGCCUGGAUUCGAGUCAUCCAGGAUAACAGUAACUUGGACGAGGAGAAUGCGGCCUUCACCAGCCAUGACCUCAUUAGCCGGAAGAUCAGGGAGUACAACACCUUAAUGAGCCCGACAGGCAGCAAGACGGAACCGUCGCCUAGAUCUUCUCGCCAAUCUCUGAGCAUCAGACAAACCCUGCUUGGGGGGAAAGGAGAUGCCAAAGCUCAGAGUCCAAACUCCCCUAAACCUGAGCAGGAAAAGAAGACUAUGCAUAAAGAUGACACCAGCCCCCCUAAGGACAAAGUGACAUGGAGAAAAGGUAUACCGGGACUGAUGAGAAAACCUUUUGAGAAGAAACCAUCUCCUGGUGUCACAUUUGGAGUAAGACUGGAUGAUUGUCCUCCUGCGCAGAACAAUAAGUUUGUGCCGCUUAUUGUGGAGGUUUGCUGCAAGUUGGUGGAAGAGCGAGGGUUGGAGUACACGGGGAUCUACAGGGUACCGGGAAACAACGCUGCCAUCUCCAACAUGCAGGAGGAGCUCAAUAACAAGGGCAUGAACGACAUCGAUAUACAGGAUGAUAAAUGGCGGGAUCUCAAUGUGAUCAGCAGUUUACUGAAGUCGUUCUUCCGAAAGCUCCCCGAGCCGCUCUUCACCAAUGAUAAGUACUCAGACUUCAUCGAGGCCAACAGAAUAGAGGACCCAGUCGAGAGGCUCAAAGUUCUCAAAAGGCUGCUUCACGAGCUACCGGAUCAUCACUACGAAACGCUUAAGUUCCUUUCUGCUCAUCUAAAAACCGUUGCUGAUAAUUCUGAGAAGAACAAGAUGGAACCGAGGAAUCUGGCCAUCGUGUUUGGUCCCACACUGGUACGCACCACGGAGGAUAACAUGACCCACAUGGUGACACAUAUGCCGGACCAGUACAAGAUAGUCGAGACCCUCAUUCAGAAUUAUGACUGGUUUUUCACUGAAGAGGGCAAUGGAGAUCCAGUGACCGUGUCGCACGAAGAGAGCGCCGUGGAGUCGCAGCCGGUCCCAAACAUCGACCACCUGCUCACCAACAUCGGACGCACAGGCACGCCGCAGGGUGAAGUGUCAGAUUCUCCCACCAGCGAUUCCGCUAAGUCAAAGGGUUCCUGGGGUUCAGGGAAGGACCAGUCCAGCCGAGAUCUUUUGGUGUCCUCCAUUUUUGCUGCAGCUGGCCGCAAGCGAAAGAAGUCCAAGGAAAAAACGCAGCCAAGCAGCUCUGAUGAUGACCUGGAAGCUGUUUUCCCCAGAAAGGAACUCUCCGUGCAAAAAGCGGACCCUCAUGAGGAGACUCGGAUUGGUAUCAGCCCGAAGCAGCAGGAGAAUGGCAGAAGAGCGGAGAUGACGCCUAAAGCCAAGAGGGAACACAAGCACUCCUCUCCAAAUAUGUCACCCAACAUCAGCUACCAGAGUGCUCCUCAGGGAAAAGCGUCCUUAUCCGAUCCUCCAUCCAAUAUGUCCGAUUUAGGCACCAUGAGCUCUGGAGCGUCGGUGCCACGCUCGCAGCCUAAAAGGUCAAUCAUGGGAGCAUCUGCAGAACUUCAAGCGGGAAUAUGCAUCGGAUCUGGAGCAGGCGUCGAAGCAGAGGUCGGAUCCAUCACUUCUGACUACUCGACCACCUCAUCCAUCACGUUCCUGACGGGAGCAGAUUCCAUGGCGCUGAGUCCAGAGCUGCAGUGCGGCGAAGAAGCAGACGAUGAACGCAGCGAGUUGAUCAGCGAGGGUCGACCAAUGGAAACGGACAGCGAGAGCGACUUCCCGGUGUUUGCUCCAGGGGGCGGCAGCAGCCAGUCCACACCUUGUGCGGUGCAGGAAAAGCCAGAUGGGGAAGCGGGCGCCGCUGCGAGGAACACGACAAAAAUGGAAGCAAGGCGACUUUUCCCAACACAUAAGAUGAUCGAAUGUGACACGCUGUCUCGGAGGUGGUCGCUCAGACAGAAGACGGACAGCGAGUCGUCAAUGGAGGCGGGUAGCGCGGGUAGGGCGGAGUCUUCCACGCGGCUUUCGCGGGUGCUGGAGGUGAUGAAGAAAGGGCGGUCCACCAGCAGCCUCAGUUCUUCGUCACGUAGCGAGUCGGAGCGCUCCGAACCAGCCUGGCACCUCAAAAUCACAGAGCGCCUCAAGUUCCGCUUACGCACAUCUGCCGACGACAUGUUCACGCAGAAGACCCGUGUCCCCGAUGGACGCAGGAGAAACAACAUCCGACGAAGGCACACCAUGGGCGGCCAGAGAGACUUCGCCGAAUUGGCCGCCAUCAACGACUGGCAGGAGCAAGGCGGAGUGGACCAGACGGCCAGCGAGCUGUUAGCCGUGGACCGCCUCAAGUCCAGACGCACCUCUCAUGACUUCAACAUCCGGGACUGGAUCACCAGGGAUCGGUGCCGGGGCGGGAGUGAAAGUGAGGGGGGAGCCGUGCCGCCCAAAGCCGUCCCUGAGGACACAGACGCCCAGGAGGCGGCAUCCGAUCGGCCGCCCGUUAACGGCAAAAGCAAAGCGUCACUCGGGGAUGACGCGCACCCUCACAAACUAUCGGGGGCGCAUGUUGUCCGUUCACGCUUCUACCAGUACCUCUGACCCGAGGAUGAAUGUGUUCCUUGUACUGCACAAUAUUUUUUUCUACAAAGUUUAUGUAUAUGUACUGUAAAUAACAUGUAUAGCUCCCAUGAUUGUUACUGGCAGAGUUUAUUAAUUAUGAGCAUCGCUGGCCAGACUGGAAGAAGAAUUUUCUCCUGCACGUGUGACCUUCAUUACAGUAGGAGGCUCCGCCCUUUUUUAAAAAAAAAAUGAAGAAUGUACGACUUUCCUACUUGGACUAACACUUGUUGCAUGUACUUGAAGAUACAAAACAUGGGCUUAAGUACUGGGACACAAUUAAUCAGUCAUAGUAAAAUUAUUUUAUAUGCUUCCAACUAGGUGUAAACGGUUUAGCGAAGGCUCUUUUGUAGUCUUUUGGUGUGGAAUAACAAGCCUCGGUUUAACCUAAGUGACUAUAAAAAUGUUAGAAAGUCUUCCCGGAAGAGUAGAAGCUUAGAUGUCCCAGUACUUUUGUCUCUGUGGUGUUUCGUGGGAGGAAGUGAGGGGCUGCGUUCUGAGCUGCGUGCUGUGGGAACAUCUUUUUUCGCAGCACGGUCAAAACAGCCAGAGAUUAGCUUGACCGUUAUUCCCAAAAAAAAAAUAGAAAUUUUAUCAAAUAAAAUGAAAUGUAAUAAAAUGCUGAUACUAGAGUAUGUAAUACUCGGUACAGUUCUUUUCUAUUCCCCAAAUAAUUUUUAUUGUCCAACAAGGACAUUUUAUGUAAAUGCUUUGUUGUUUUUUUGCCCUCCACUCCAUAAUGAAAAAAGUGCCUCUUUUUUUCCCCCUGCCCUUUUGUAACCGUUUUUAUGAGCAGUCAACACUCAUUCCACCGCAUUUAGUGUUUAUGCUGUUUUUGUCUCUCGUUGAUGUCAUUUCAAUUAAAACGUAGAUUUAUCCUCAUCAAACAUGAAGCAUCUUGUGUAGUUUGCGACAGUGAGCAUCUUGCCAGCACAAACAUCAGUGCAAUGUCCUCCCUUGAAGAACACUGGAAAUAAAUAAUCUUUAUUAUUAUUAUCA